AUGGGCGCUCUGCUUGGCUUCCCCAACGGUCGCUUUUUCGCCUCUCUUGUCGUCGCGCUUUUCCUUCUCUUUUCCCUCUUCUCUCUCUAUCCCACCUCUUCCGAAUAUCCAUCGCUGUCUCACCCACAGAUAAAACCACAAACAGACCGAUGCGAGCCCUUUUCAAAUGCCAACAUCCAAGUAAUCGUCAAAACAGGCGCCAAUGUCAUCUACGACAAACUUCCCCUCCAACUGCUGACAGCCCUACGCUGCCCUCCCCAGCCCCUCAUCUUCUCCGAUCUGCAGCAGGAAUUCGGCCCCCUCCACGUCCACGACGUCCUCGAGCAUGUCAACGAGACCAUCAAAGCCUCCUCCCCGGAGUUCGAAUACUACCGCACGCUGCAGGAAUACCAAAAAUACGGGCAGGAUGUGCGGUCUCUGCGGGAUUCGUCGAAAAGUGUUGCCUGGCGACUGGACAAGUACAAAUUCAUCCACAUGCUCGUCAAGGCGUGGACGCUGCGUCCUAAUCGUGACUGGUAUGUUUUUGUCGAGGCGGAUACGUAUUUGAUCUGGAGUAAUUUGGUAAUGUGGUUGGAUCGACGGGAUCCUUCGCAGCCGCAGUAUUUGGGCUCGCCGACGUAUCUCAAUGGAGAGGCAUUCGCCCAUGGAGGAAGUGGAAUUAUUCUUUCCAGGGCGGCGAUGGAGAAGGUUUUGAGUGACGAUGAGGAUAUCACAGAGCGAUAUGAUGUGCGCCUGCAGAAAGAGUACUAUGGCGAUUAUGUGCUGAUGAAAGCGCUGGAAGAAAAGGGCAUUGCACUGGAGAAAAGCUGGCCGAUGAUGCAGGGGAAGAAGCAGAACUCGCUUCCUUUUGGUCCUGGACCGGGGAAUGGAGUUAGACAUUGGUGCCAGCCGUUGGUCACCAUGCAUGGGGUUACGCCCGAAGAUGUCAAUGCUAUCUGGCAGCUUGAGCAGCAGAGACCGGAUGUGAAGAAGCCGCUUCUGAUGGCUGAAAUAUACGAGCAUUUCAUGGGCCGGAAUCUGCCUGCUGAACUGGAUGAUUGGUAUAACCUUUCCGACGAUCUGAUGUUCAGAGCCCCGGGGGUCGAGGGAAGUCGCCAGAAAUCCGCAGAAGACAUGACAGAUGUCGAAAAGGAAGCGCAUCAGUCGUUUGAGAAAUGCGGAAUGGCGUGUGAAGAACAUCCCAAGUGCUUUCAGUAUGUUUACUCUCAGCAGACCUGUGGAUUUUCCUUUUCCUACCGGUUAGGACAGAGGGAAUUGCCUCAUGACGACGGGGUUACAUACAAGUCAGGAUGGAGGUUGAACAAGAUCGCCCAAGACCAGAAGGAGAAUCGAUGUUUCGAGCCAGAGUGGUUAUAA